AUGGGCAACUUUCAACGCGUCAUCAAUCAAGUCGAGACGGUUGAGAAAUGUCACCGGGUCAGCGCGGAGCCACCCCGCAUGAUGCAGCAUCAAGACCCUGGCUUAGCAGCUUCGGCGCGUCAAGGACCCUGGAAAGAUUACCCGGCGCGAUACGAAACCGCCCUCAAGUACCGAAAAUCCACCGUGGGGAGCGCCGAUGUGGGGGAGUGUUUUCCGAAGAUGGAGCAGCCAUCGUGA